AUUUUAUGGAAUUAGUGCACGUAUGUAAUCCCUUUUUAGGGUAGAUGAGCUUAUAUGACCUUUCUCCUAUAAAACGUGAAUUUCAUCGGAUAAAAGACAAAUAUCAUGGCUGAAGAGGAAAGAAGCAUAACCGAGCUGACACCCGAUCCGAAUCCUUGCCCUAUUUGUCUCGGACCCGUGACUGAGGAGUCAUACUUGGACCAAUGCUUCCAUAAGUUUUGCUACAACUGCAUUCAACGUUGGACCAAAGUAGUAGCUAGCAAGCAAGCUACACAACCUGCUUCAGUAAAGUGCCCUGUUUGCAAGACACUUAACUUUUCAGUCAUACAUGGAUAUGAUGGAAUUUCAUAUCAGAGUGCUUUUUUCUCAAGAUCUCACAAGUACAGAUUACGGUGCUAUUACACUGAAACAGAAACUUUAGCUGAAAAAUUAAAGGUAAUGCGAUACUGGAAGUUGCACAAGUAUCGUCAGCCUGCUCAUCAGCUUUACAAUUGGCUGACAAGGGAAAUCCAAGCAUUAACACAGAUAAACCCAGAGGUUAUUAAGGGACGGAGGGAGCAGCAAGCUCCUAUCUUCCAAUCUUGAUGCAUCUCCUAACUUCUCCUUAUGGGAAUGACAUAAGUUCAUUUGCAUCACUGCAUUGUGCAUUUUCUUAGGGGUCAAUUUUAGUAUUCUCAGUGAUGAUAAAGGCACAAAUCAACUAAUGAACUAUUCUAUCACGAUUAACAUGCAUGUUGAUUUGCCUAACUGCCCCAUGCAUCUGUUGGCUGAGCUAAUACCAAAAAGGCUAAACGCUCUUGUUUGCAUUUUAAAAAAAUGUCUCUCGUCUUGUAUCAUGGGGAAUGUUGUCUUGAUAUUCUGUUUCCUAGACCAGCACUUUGUACACACCCUUUUUUCCCUGUCCGCCCUCAGCUGAUCAGUGACCAUAACAGUGGGUUUCAUGCCAAAAGAUAGACCAUAAAAUGCUAAAGUUUAAGUGUUGAUAUCAUGAAGUUUGUUGAACGCUCCAUAUCUAAUUUUCAUUGCAUAUCUAGUGGUGAAUAUGUCACCACAAACUAAACUUGUCAGGAGCUACUCCCAUUGGGCUUGAUAUUUAAUCAUUGAAUCAGAUGUCUUGUGAUGUUGAAUUUACUUCAUAUUCAGGAAAAAGAUGUUGAUAUAGUGGUGCAUCACCUAAAUGGUGUUAUUGAAUCCUUCAAGAGAAACACGGAAAUCCAUAUGCAAAGGACUGCAGAAGAAACUCGACAAGAAUUUAGAGUCUUGGUGUCUCAAGCAGCAAGGCCUUUCCUAUCAGGUCGAGCAGAUCACUUAGUCAAUGAGAUAGAACUGUUUUUAGCCUCAGAGUUGACAAUCGAUGCAUUUGACGAAGUUUAUAUCCAGCAUCUCGGCUGGGAUUGCCAUGAAAUAACUAAAGAUGGCAUAGAGGAAGGAAAAGUCGAAAGCUUCUCCACUCCAUACUUGUAUAUCUUUGAUGAGGACUGAUGACCUUUUUGUAAAUGGUCCUACCAAAGUUUGCACUGAAAGCGUCUUGUACGAUGUCGAAAAAUAAAAUAGUCACAAGAGAAAACACUCCACGUCAAGGAAAUAUACUCACAAGAAAGAGUUAUGAGUUUAUGACACUUGUGGCUGAACAUAAUCGUGGAGUAAUAUUUAACAACACUAGCAUUUGUAAGAAAAAAUGUUCUCAAAAACUCCACUCAAAAUUGAAAAUAGUAAUUUAAAUCAAUCGGAAAAUGGUGAUGACCACACUUUCAC